AUGGCGUCUCCAACAUCAACUUCCCACCCUGAUCCGAAGGAAUCCCUCGCGCACUCAACUCAGGUCCGCCGUCAGCGACCCGCGUCCGGCACAUGCUGGGCGUUUGUGCGCAGCAAUAAACCACCUUCUGGGAUCGCCUACCAUCAAUCCGCUCACGAGGCCAAUUGCCCCCUCCAGAAGUUUGAGAGUGAUUGA